CAUCCCAGACUUCCAUCUUCAAAGCAGCAAUAGCAUUAAUUCACUCCCUCCUCUGCUUCUUCAAAACCAUCACUUUUGGUGUCUCCUGAACUGUAAAGAGCUCCUCAUUCCCUACAUAUCAUCAUCUUUCCAACAAUCAAGACCAUGAAGCAAAAGAUAGUGAUCAAGGUGACGGUGAAUGGACCGAAGUCCCGCUCCAAAUCCUUGCAGAUUGCAGUUGGGUUUUCAGGUAAACAAAACCUUCCAUGCACACAAGUUUUAGAAUUGCAAUACCUAAUAGAAACCAUGAAUUUGUGGGCAAAUUCAGAUGAUCAAUAUGUUGACGGGCUUGUGUUUUUCUGUGAUUCUGUAGGUGUUGAAUCUGCUGGUUUAGGAGGGCAAGAUAAGAGCCAGAUAGAGGUGGUAGGCCAUGGAGUUGAUGCAGUAGAACUUACAAAUUGUCUGAGAAAGAAAGUAGGCUACGCAGAGAUAGUAAGUGUAGCAGCUGUGGGAGAAAAGAAAGAAGAGAAGAAACCGGAGGCAGUAGUGCAGCCGGUUAUUUGGUCCAUGUAUGGUGGAGGCGUGCCUCAGACCUAUAUCCAUCCGAUUCACACCCCCAACUAUCAUCAGGACCCUUCUUGCUCCAUCAUGUAAUUAACAAACAGGAUAGCCAGAUGCAGAGAGAGAGAGCUUGAAGCAGAGUCAGUUUGUUUAUUUGUAGAACAUGCUGGACCGCUGCUGUUCCAUGUCUGAAGAAAAUUGUGAUUCCAUAUAUACCAAGUAGCAAUACAAGAUCGGCUUCAUGUCUUA